CUUCACGCAGCGCGCAAGGUUUCAUACACAAACACCGUGGUUCGUCCGCUGCAAUUUACCACACGCCAUGACGAAAAAUUCACAGUGGAGUAGGAGUAUUGUGGCUGUGACAGGUCGAUCGUCGAAUAGCGAGAUUACCUAAUAAUACGAUCAAUAAGGCAAAAAAUUCUGAAGCUCACAAUUUCAAGUGAAUCGGGUAUUGCACGCGAUUAUUUUUCACCCGGGUCAUAGUGCGACGGCGAUCCCCGGAGUUUUCCUAUCCGGAGUGCGGGACGACGAACGAGGUAACAAACACGAUCAACGGACACGGCCAACAAGAACGAGCAAUCGUUAAGAUAAAAUUUUUACCGAGAAUGGAGAUCGACGACUGUUCAGCUGGUGGAGAUUCAGCAGUGGAAGAAGAAGAGGAUGAAGAAUCGUUGCAUGGAUCUGGGAGCAAUAGUAGCAGUAGUAGUACUAGUGGAACAACCACAAAUUCUGAUAGCGGCGAAGAAUCUGCGGAAGAUCAUGGCAGCAGUAGGUCCGAAAGUCAAAGUUCGGGAGAAGAAGAUGAUCUCGACAAUGAUAAUUCCCAGCACAGAGUAAAUCACGAAAACACAAACACAGUGAGAUGGGAAACUUGCGUGACUGCUGGUCGUCGGGUGAAAUUACCGCAAGAUUUGUGUGAGCAUCCAGAAAUAUUUCAUGAACUCUUGGACUAUCCAAAAAUCUGGGAAGAAUGUUUGAGCGAAGAGCAGCGUGAGUCGCUGCUUCAGUUUCUGCCCAAAUUGCCGGACGAUUGCAACGUUCAAGCGGAAAUGAAUGAGACACUGAGGAUGCUUUUCCAAAGAGAAAACCAAAGGUUUGGCGUAGCAGCCCUGGACUCGUUCCGAAAUCAUCUGUCAGCCGGUCAUUUUCGUCCGGAUAUCAGACGCAUGAGAAGUUUAUUACGCAAAGCACAACAGAGGAGAUUACUGUUUGAAGAACGUAAACGUUCCUACGAGCUUGCUGGACAAUUGUUGAAGUCCCGAGAGAGUUUAUUGCUCAAUGCUUACAAACAGGGCUUUAGUAAUCCAACUCAGAGACCAUCGUCGAAGCUUCACUGGCGUAAACCAAAACCAGCAAUGGUGGAGGAAAAAACGAACAUUCGUUACAUGGAAGAAUUAAACGCUCUAAGGUUAGAGGUUGGUGCGAACGCACGGCUGUCAGCAGACACGACAUCCGAGAACGAAGAGAAUUAUCCUCACCUUCAGUCGACCGGUGGUAAGCAAAAGAAGAAGAAACGUAAUGCGAUUGCGUUACAAACAACGCCAAUGCGAGGAAUGCCAUUGAGCCAAGAGGACGAAGCGAUAAGACCAGUUUUUUCGACGUUACAACGCGCGGAGUACACUCCAAAUCCGUUAUUUCUUAUUCCCGAACAGACGGAAGAAACUUAUAGGGCGAUGCUGCAGGCACAUAAAAAACGACGAGCUCGACGUGACGUGCAUCCGGAGCUCAAUACGCAAGGAAUUGCAUUGGCUGAUUUAACGCUACGGGCUCAGAUCGGUCAGAAGCACAAAUUAACCACUAUGAAUCACGUGCGCGUAACACCAGCCAAAAAGAAGAUAAAGGUCGAGCCUACCUCGCUUUGUCCUCCGCUCCUACCAAAAACUAUUCCACCGAGUCCGGUCAAACCAGAGAGUGAUAACAGUGAUUAUUCUCAUACAACCGAUGAAACGAAGCUCUUAAUGACACCGGAAAUGGAGCAGCGUUUCGCGGCUCUCACACCGAUAAAAACUGAACCCAUUGACGGCUACGACAUUCAUCAAUCUCCGAAAAACAAAACAAGUCCUAUUGCGCCAAAAGCCAAUCGUACUCUUCCGAUAUCCGCACCGAUACCAAUAACUGAAAUAAAAAAAGAAAUCGACGAAAUUGAUUACAACAUCGAUGUCAAAUCCGAGUUUAAUCAAACGAUCGAAGCGCCGCCAGCAGAUUCCGAGGACGAAGACGAUCGUGAGGAGAAAAAAGAACUCGAUUUGAACAAUAUCGAUAUGAUGCAAAUCCCUAUCCAAUUGGGCGAUGGAAUGGACAUUCUCAGCGAAGUCAAGUGCGAGGACGAAGCGAUUAUUGCGAUAAGAGAAAAGGAAGUUUCGAUCGAUGAUGCCGACGAUAUAAUGAUGAGCGGAGGCGGUGAAUUAAUGCAGGAGACUCACGCCUGUUUUUUCUCACUGUUGCGAGACGCUUUCAUUUCGAAAGGCGAAUACCGCAUGAGUAUGACGGAAAUGAAGGAUGCCGUCACUCUUUGGCAAGGAAAUCCAAUAUCACCGUUGAACGAUUGGUACGCUUUGUCGUCAUCGUGGCCGGCCCUCGUUCCCCGAGCUUUGAGUUUUCUCGCUGGCGAGCUUACGUGCGCUCAAGAGCACGAACAAUCACAGGACGGUGAUAGCGAGUUAGUUCCCUACCUAGAGAACAAAGGGCGAGGAGUUUAUGCUUGGAUCGGUGCUGGUCGGGACUCGGAUUCGAGAUUAUCGUUGCUCUGCACACGAUUUCUUCUUCACCGGGAUUCCCUCGUAACUCCACAAAUAGGAACGACCACUCCGACGUUCGCGACGACUGCCCCUGUUCCCGUUAAAUCUUACUCCGUCCAAUCGCAAUCCGGCAAUGGGAACAGCAACGGCAGUGGGACCAGCAGCUUAGCCGGUAGCGCGAGAAGCGGGAGUCCCGUUGUUGAGUCAAUUGUUCAGGAUGGAAAACUAAUUGAAACUAUGACGGAAUCCGAACCUCCGAGAGCUCUUUGGCCUACGGAAUGGAAAGUUCGACCAUCGACGGCUGAAGAACGCGAAGAAUUCAGACGACAGGAACGAAUGCGUUACGCGGCACCUCACAAAGCUUUCACGUAUCGGAUGCACGGUUACGCUUCUGUCGUUGGACCCGUGAAAGGAAUUUAUCAACAUAACGCUGGUUCUGGACUGGCUAAAGCGCGUGGUCAUUCGUUGCUGGUCGCUGAGCGCCCGAACUUCGUAACGAUUCUCGCUCUCGUGAGAGACGCAACAGCCCGACUUCCCAACGGCGAGGGUACUAGAUCUGAUAUUUGUCAAUUAUUGAAAGAUUCGCAGUAUAUACGGGAUCAAGGUUUGAUACAACCUGGUCAAGAGAAAAAUCCAGGUGAAAAAGGAACCGAGGGCGGAGGUCACGAGAAGGAGGGUUACCUCCAUUCGGUGGUUUCCGGUGCACUCGACCGGCUUCAUUACGAAGCGGAUCCGUGUGUUCGUUACUAUCCACGGCGCAAAGAAUGGCUGUAUCUUCAUCGAGCUCGCUCGGAAUCAGAGUUUGAAAUGUAUCAUCAACAACUCCAGGGUGUCGCGAAAAACAAAAAGAGUUCCGGAGGCUCGUCUAGAAAUAAAUCGGUGCAACCUUCACCCAAAACUAUUAAUGGUAACAAGGAUCAAUCACCGAAUCCUUCGAGAGAAACGACCCCAAAAAAAGAAAGAAAGUCAAUGGUUUCGAACCAGCAGAUCAUAAACAGGAAAGACACACGAAAACCGGCAGUAGAAGAAAGAUUGGUUGUCGAUCAAUCGAUCUCAACGGAAUCACUAAAUUCAAUAACAACGGCAUCAACAGUUGUAUCGCAAACUGCGACUCCUGGUUCGAUAUGUGGAACAACUGCAGCGACGAUUUCAACGGGUUCACCGAUGGCCGUGACCGCUUCGCUGGCUCUACCGAUAAUCGACCAAUUGCGCGAGCCUGUUGCGGUUACGGUGGAAACGAACCAACCACAAAUAUCGGUUCCGCCAACGUCUUCGGGUCCCUCGCACCAUCAGUUGCGUGAGCAACAACAGCAAUUGCGAGAACAACAACAGUUACGAGAGCAACAACAAUUGCGCGAACAGCAGCAGUUACGAGAACAGCAACAUUUACGAGAACAGCAGCAGUUGCGCGAGGCACAACAAUUGAGAGAACAGCAACAGUUGCGAGAACAACAGCAAUUGAGGGAGCAACAGCAACUUCGAGAACAGCAACAGCUGAGAGAGCAACAAGAGUUGCGAGAACAACAGCAGCAACAGCUUCGAGAACAACAGCAACUGCGGGAACAGCAACAAUUACGCGAAGCCCAGCAAUUGCGAGAUCAACAGUUACAACAGCAGCAGCAGCAGCAGCAGCAGCAACAGUUGAGAGAAGCCCAACAGUUACAGCAACAACAAAUAAAGAAAAUUACCGCUUCUCACAUCAGUGGCAAACCCGUGGCCGUUGUCAAAACAAAUGCUACACAAAGCUUGCUACAAUCGAAUCAACAACACUUUCCUCAUCAUCAGAUUCAAGUCUCAACAUCCGCAGGUUUACAGACGAUACGUUUGUCCGGUCACUCGGUUCUCCACUCGGCCCAACAAGUUGCAGCGACAACGGCGACCAGCGUUGGUACUACGCAAGCGAACAUGACUACGAUUUUUUCAACAGCAAAAAUAGCGAAUCAACAACAACAAACCGUCGUCACUAAUCAACCGGGCAAAAGUAUAUUACAAAAUGCGAAUCUCAAGCAACAUCAGCAGCACGUUUUACCGGGAAAAACUCUGUUAGCUUCGCAAAUAAAACUUGUCAGCUCGGGACAGAUCAAAUCGUUGCUCACGGGCCAUGGACUGCAAGGGCAAACGAUAUUCAUCAAACAAUCGUCUCCUUCCACUGGUCAGACUCAACAGGUCCAACAGCAACAGCUCAAACAGCAACCGCAACAGCAACAACACGUUCAGCAACGGAUAGUAACGACGCAGCAAACGCAGCCUCAACAACAACAACAACAACAACAACAACAACAGCAACAGCUUCAGUCUCCAGGAAUGCAAAGAAUAAUAGCCCAAAUCGGUGGCAAACCGAUCGCAGUUCAAAUCCAACAAUCUCCGCAUCAGCAACAACAGCAGCAGCAAAAGAUUCUCGCGAAGGUCUUGACCAGUGCGAGUGGUGGUCAACUAAUCUCGGUCGAGAGUCUUUUGGCUCAGAAGGGCUUGAAACUCGCGACUACAACAUCUCACGCCAAUCAACUCAAUCGGCAGGGCAAACAAGUUAUACAAACGCAAUAUCAGGUUGUAUCGCAGGCUUCAACGCAAUCGGGUCAGCCGAAAUUGAUCGUGACAUCGCAUCAGCAACAAACUCCGGGUGCACAGACAGUGAGAAUGGUGACGGCCCAAUUGGCCGGUAAGCCAAUUGUUUUAGCGAGUGGUAACAAAGGUGUGGGUGUGGGAUUGAGUCAGACCGGGGUUGUUCUCGGGAAGCAGCAAUCGUCGCAGCAGCAGAGUAAUCAGCAGCCUAUAAUAUUGCCGAGUCAAUUGUUGAACAUAAAGACGUUGCAUGGCUUGAAAGUGAUACCAACACCAGCGGGUUUGAAGACAACAGGAGCGGCAGUUUACGCAAGAGUGAUUGCGCCGACGACGAUAGCCUCGACGCAGGCGAGUGUAGUGCAGCAGCAACAGCAGCAGCAGCAGCAGCAGCAAAAUACGACUCUACAGACUCAAGCAUCGCGGAACAGUCAAUACGAGAAUCAAUGAUAAAAACUAGGACAAUUGUUUUUAUUUUAUUCCGCAAUGUUAAUUCACGUUACGUGAGAUUAAUUUUCGUUCGCGAGUGCGAAUGCGAGACCGCGAGUGUACAGCCAAAUAACGACGUUUAUAGGCUUUUAAAGAAUAAAAGAAUAUUUAAUACGUGAAUACGUCGCAGGAAUUUGGAGUGAGGCUGUUGUGCUGCCAGGAACGUAAUAACACAAACGACGAUUGCGAUGAAUUGCGACUUAUUCAUUGAAUAAUAAAAAAAAAAAAAAAAAAAAAAAAAAA